CCUGAAGAUCAGCCUAGUUGCAAGGCCAGUUUAACUAGAAGGUGUCGUAACAUCAAACUGACAGCUACUUCCUCGUGCAUAUUUCUAAGAACAGUGGCGACUUACAAAUCAAUUGGGGGAACUAGGUUUAAAUGCAAUUAAAACGCGAGGGCCGUGUCUUCAACUAGUCGAAUGUGGAGGAGAAACGAAGAACUUCUAGACAUUUGUAUCAUUUCCUUUCUCUUGGAUUUAUAGUCAAUGUUACGCGUGAAGUCAGAGCUGCUUUGUUUCAAACUGUUAACACGGUGGUGAAAGAGACGGUAUCGGGAAAUGCUGAUUACCAAUCCCCAAAGUGCGCAAAAUACCCGAACUGAAUUCAUUAAAACCAGUGCUCUUAAUACCACAGGUUACCUCCAGUGAGUUCACCACUGAGUCAGUGUCGGGGCUGCCUGAAACUGUGUUUGCAGCUUCGUACAUGCUGUUCUCUAUCCGAAACCUUUCUAGCUACCAUGGAGAUUGCCGGCCGUGAAGCUUAAAGUAUUUGUUUCCUCUUUAUUUUAAGAAAAAGAUGACUUGCAGUUAUCAAUCAGUGACCCCAUCUGUGACCAGGUUCUUGGUAAUUAAUACGUGGCAGUUAGCGGAGGAUCAGUGAGAGGCUGCCCUGGCAAAUGAUGCGCUUCAGGGGCUGUUGAUCCCCUUCCUGUGCCCUAAACUCUCAGGAACCUGUCUCCUUUCCGUUCGGCCUCUUGAAGCGUCCGCUGGCUUUUUCCAGCCGAUUGACCUCAACGCCGGCGUUCAGGGGGCGCUAUAAUUUCGCGCCCAAACAAGAAGAAAACAAAUACAGAACCCCGUAUUUAUUUCUGCAGCUCUCACUUUAGAAUUUAAAGCACUCGGUCGAAAUUGAACUUCACGUCAAGGGGAAGGCAGGCGACGAACGCUGGGUGAAAAGAAGGGGAGAGUUCUGAAAGUUUAGGGCCAGUGCAGUCGGCCGUCUCGGUGGGGUAAGUGAGGUGCUGCGCAAUCGUCUAAUUUUUUUUUAAAAAUGCCGUCCGCUUCUAAAUGGAACAAAAGAUUCAGCUGCAGAACCUUCAUAAUUACAAUAUGAAGCAACAGCACACUGGAAUAUAGAAUACUAACAGGGAUGAGGGCCUCAGUUACUAGGCAGCAUUUAUUGCCUGUCCCUAAUUGCAGUUAAGAGGCAAACACAUUGCUGAGAGCCUGGAGUCACAGGUAGGCCAGACCAGAGUAAAGAAUGAAGUGGCCUCUUUUCAUGAAGACAAAAGGCACUUUGAUCAAGUCUAGGUGUUGACACAUAUAACUUUAUACUAUUUGGUUGGAGACUGCAGUAUUUCCACGGCAUGGAAGAAGACUGGAAUCUGAAACGUAAUUCAGAUGAAGCAAACAAAGCAGUAUUACUACUAAAUGGUUCCUAUGAAUCUAAAAGUACUGGAGGUGCGCAGGAACUUUUCCAUGAAGCUGCACGGGUAUCCCAGUCCCAUGUUAAGCCCUGGUGGAAAGUUAAGAUAUUUGUUUGGGAACCAGUGCUAUUUGGAACAUGGGAUGGAGUAUUUACGACUUGUAUGAUUAACAUCUUUGGAGUGGUUCUCUUCCUGCGGACUGGAUGGCUUGUGGGAAAUACUGGUGUACUACUGGGAAUGUUUAUGGUGACCCUGGUUGUCUUGGUUGCUCUGGUGACAGUGCUAUCUGGAAUUGGCGUGUGGGAGAGGUGCAGUCUUGGAAAUGGUGGAGUAUAUGCCAUGCUUUCUACAGUUCUGGGAGGUCGAGUAGGAGGAACCUUUGGAUUUCUCUAUGUAUUUGGACAGUGUGUUGCAGGUGCUAUGUACAUCACUGGCUUUGCAGAAUCCAUUGCCGACUUAUUGGAUCUCAGUAACAUCUGGGCCGUUCGGGGAAUUUCUAUUGCUGUGCUUCUGGGAUUACUGGGAAUUAAUCUAGCAGGAGUCACAUGGAUCAUUCGGUUUCAACUGUUGCUUUUAGCUUUGCUGGCUAUCUCUACAAUGGAUUUUGUUACUGGUACUUUCACACACCUGGAUCCUGAUUUUGGAUUUGUGGGUUAUAGUGAAGAACUGCUCAGGAACAACACAUUCCCAGACUAUAGUCCGGAAGAAAAUUUCUUCACAGUUUUUGGUGUCUUCUUUCCUACUGCUACUGGUGUGAUGGCAGGAUUUAACAUGAGUGGAGACCUUCAGAAACCUGCAUCCAAUAUCCCUAUUGGGUCACUAGCAGCUGUGGGCAUCUCAUGGUUCCUGUAUUUAGUAUUUGUUUUUUUGCUGGGAGCUGUAUGUACAAGGGAGGCACUCAGAUAUGAUUUCAUGAUAGCUGAAAAGGUUGCGUUGGUGGGUUUCCUCUGGUUACUGGGGUUGUACAUUUCAUCUUUAGCUUCCUGCAUGGGAGGUCUUUAUGGUGCACCCAGAAUCCUUCAGUGCAUUGCACAAGAAAAGGUGAUACCUGUCCUUGGGUGCUUGGGCAGUGGGAAAGGACCAAACAAAACACCAGUGGCUGCAAUAUGUCUUGUGGGACUUGUGACUAUGGCAUUUAUCUUCAUUGGACAAGUGAAUAUUCUUGCUCCAAUAGUCACCAUCAACUUUCUGCUGACUUACAGUGUGGUAGAUUACUCUUACUUCUCAGUUUGUAUGAGCUGUGAUAUUCAGCAAAAUGAAAGAGAAAGGAAUAAAGUAAAUGCUAGCACUUACAAGCCAUCACAGAAGCUGAACUUAGAAGGCCCACUUAAAAAUGGAUCCAGUAGCCUAAUAAAGGGAAGUACAAAUGGAUCUUUACUUGAGUUCAAUAAAGAUAUGAAUCAGAUCUUUCAAACAGUGCCUCAUGACAGGAAAGCAGAGGUGAAUAAAAUAAAUAAAGAAAAGGUAGUGAAUCAAUCUAUCCGUUUAAAAAAGGUGAGAAUACCUGCUAAACAGACACUGCAGAACAGUUUUAUGUUGGAUCUUGACAACACAAAUACAAUAUUUAAGGAGGAUGCCGACCAGGUCUCAGAAACAGAGCUUGCAGAUGAUCUGCCUGAACAGAACGCAAGAGACCUGUCGAAACUGGAUGGAGGACACCACCAGGAUUUGGAAAGUCCUUCUGUACCUCAAGUUGUGGAAGCCCAUUUCAAUGUUGAAAGCAACAUAAUUGAACCUCCAGAAUUCUGUUAUACAGACAUAGAUGACUCAGCAGAAACAAAAGGAUAUGGUUCCAUAGAAAGGCAGAAGUCUCAGGAACCAGAAAUUUACAGGAUGCCAAAGUCAUUUUAUUCUAAACUCUGCAAUCGUUGGUUGUCAUUUGUUGGUGCAAUAGUGUCAAUUGUAAUCAUGUUUGUGAUUCACUGGAUUUAUGCUUUAAUUAACAUUGCUGUGGCAUUUUUCAUCUACAUUUAUAUUGGACAAAUGAGUCCAGGACUUCCUCCUGGCCAAGCGAAUAACUUCAACUUUUUACAUUGGAUUCAGACAGUCUAUAGUGGGUCGAGGAGGAAAGGAACAUCGCAUGAGAAACAGAUUAUAGUGACACCCUCAUUUAUGACAGUCGGCAUGGCAACAACUCAAUUAACCGAAGAGAAUGCUGACUUUGCAUCCCGGGACCGCUACCAUCAUUCCUCAGUCAUUAGUCGUGAAGUUCUCAGCCGUCAUUUGAACUGAAUACCUACUCUCUGUUGAUCUUCUUCCUUUGUGACUGUCUUUGGUUGGCAGGCCUUGAAAGCUGUUAAAAUUCUGUUGUAAAAUCUAACUGCAAGUUUACAUGAGGCACACUUGCUUUCAAACCACUUGAAGAAUAGAAUUAAUAAAAUAUUAGGGUCGCUAUAACACUACUACAGAGGUAUACUGCUAAUUUACAUGCAAAUCUUUAAUAAUUGUGAAUGCAUGAAUAGUUUUCAUGCUAUUUUUAAGGGGUUUCCUUCAGUUUACAUGUAUUAUGGUUUAAUUCAGGUUUUUGCCAAGAUAUUUAGAAUAACUUGAACAGAAAUGCUGACAUUUUUCUACCAUAUUUGCCAAAUAUGCUACAAGCAGUAGAUGACAUUGUGCUGAAGUGGAGGCGUUAUGUUAGUUUUGGCAGGAUUGCUGGCCACUCCUGAUUUUCUGCGUUAAAACUUAGGAGUCAAAAGAAAGCAGAUUUUGAAUGUCAAGCCUAUUUUUUACAAAAAUAUUUGAAUUCAUAUUGUGGGUAUGGUUUUAAUAACACAUAUUUGUGGCAGCUUGGGUGCAGGGAACCCUGCAUAUUGUUAAAACACCUUUCUCCUUGUUCCUUGCAUCUAGGCUGAAUAUUUUCUUUCUUAAUCUGAAGAAUUAAGAAUAUUUGAUGCCACAAAAGAAAGGAAAUAUUCAAAUAGGUUCCAUGGGUUGGUUAGCUCAGUUGGCUGGUUGGCUAGUUUGUGAUGACAACAGCAUGGGGUAAAUUCCCAGCUAAUUGAGAUUAUCAUAAAGAUCCUACCUUCUCAACUGCACCCCUCCCCUGAGGCAUGAUGACCCUCAGGCUAAUUCUGUAAUGUAUGUAAAAUUUCAGAAUUGCUGAACAAAAACUGAAAGAACUGCAGAUACUGGAAAUCAGAAACAAAAACAGAAAUUGCUGGCAAAACUCAGCAGGUCUAGUAAUAUCUGUGUAGAGAAAGUAGAAUUAAUGAUUCAGCUCCAGUGAUCUUUCUUCCGAGCCUUCUACAGGUCUGAAGAAAUGUCACUGGACCCCAAAACAUUAACUCUGCUUUCUUUCUACUGAUGCUGCCAACCUGCUGAGUAUUUCUAUCAAUUUCUGAUUUUGUUUCAGAAUUGCUGAAUGUUAGUUUCAAAAAGUUCUUUAACAUUAUUAGUUUUUAAAAAUGUUACCAAAUACAGAGAAAGCCUGCGUUAAAUGAAUAGAAAUGAUUACAAAUGUAAGAGAUUUUGUAUCACUUUUUAAGUGCAAUAUAUCCAUGAUCAAAUAACUGAAAUACUCUAUAAAAUUAACAAUA